AAAGUCGAGAUGGCGCGUUAAGGAAGGUGCUCCAAUGAAAUUUAUCAUGUGGAAAAACAUGAAAUUUGCACCGAGGUAUCAACUUUGCAAUGUAAACCUCGCAUGUUUGAUAUGAAAAUAGAGCAGCACAUCGGAUACACAUAUAAAAUAUCCAUCCUUCAAGCUGGAAUUUGUUAAAGCGAGCGAGAUAUCCUUGCUGACUUUGAUGCGGAGUUUUGUAUUAAUGAGGGUAGCAAAAAGUUAUAUACCCGGAUUAAACGAGAACGACCUGACUAGCGAUAGUUCGACAGAUACAAAUGAUACCCCGAUAACCACUGAUAGAGACGACUAUGGUGAAUAACUGGUAAAAAAGUAAAUAAAUCGGACCUGAUAUGAAGCUAUGUGACUGAACACUGGUGAACUGUUUUCUGAUAACCUUGCAAUUUUUGUUAUCUGUUAUCAUAAUGAUAUAGAACAGCGAGAGGGAUAUAAGAAAAAGACAUAACAUAAUAUAAUAAUUAAAUUGAGAAUUAUUUUAAAGGAAUACUCAUUGGAUACUCUAUUGGAACUCAAGGAUUAAGAGGGAGUUUGUUUAAAGCAAAUGCUGUAAUAUUUUGGAUAAUAAGUUUUAGACGUGAACCUUUCGUGUGGCCAAAGUUGAGAGUAUUAUAGAGCAGUGUGUCUGUACAGACUUCACACCGCAACUGACGGGAGCCUCAUACCUUCAUCCAUCUUAGAUGUAGGCAAAACAUAAUAUCAAAGGCACACGAAAAAACAGGGUGUUGGAGUUUUAGCUGUUUCAAAAAAUAAACGCGUGAAAUAUCUGCAGGCCAAGUCUGAAACGCAAGUGGCUUGAAUUUGUAGAAUGUGAGAAAAGCGCUCUAUAAAAUUAUUGGAAACAAAUAUUAUUUAAGCAGUUUUACACAUACUGGCUGUGAGGAAUAACAGUGGGGGAAAUCGCUUCUGUGAUUAAUUAUUUUCAUUCCUAUCGGUGCACAGUUUGGAUAGCAAAUAGCAGGAUAACAGUCUAACUGCACGGCUUCCCAGCAGCGCUUCCAAGAUGACUUGAUAGGUUUCCUUCUAAUGAAAGUGUCGAUGGAGUGAGCUAAUCCGUUCAAGAUGUGAAGGAAUAUGCGACAGUCGCAGUUUUCUACAAUUCAUUGUAAAAUGGAAACAGAGGAUUUAGUGGAAUUAACGUGGCAAAUAGUUAACGGAUAAAGUGCCUAUUUGGAGGAAGAUACAACAUGGCAGUGUGUUGGGCAGUGAGGAAUUCAGUAGUGUCGGAAUUAUGUGUUCUCUUAUUGUGCUUGUUUCCGCUGCUGGUGCGAAGUGGGUUGGUGGUACGAACUAACACGGUGACGGUGAAGAUCGGCCGGACGGAGUACCUUGACCCGGACGAUAUUGUGAUAAAAAAGAUGAGGAAGGGUGACGAGGAUUGCCGAAUAGAGGUCGUCCAGAAUGAUCCCAUCACUCAGCGGGUCGGCCAGCUUAAUCCAAAGAUAUUCGACUGUGACUACCAGGCGAACACGGUCCACUUUUCUCACUCUGGUUCCCCGUUCCUGGCCGAGGACCGAGUCCAACUCCGAGUCUACCGCUUCACCAGCCGGAAAACAGUGUCCGAAACAUUCUACCUGAACAUUAAAAUAAACAACGCUACAAAUGACAUUGUCGUGACACGUGGUCUGCGCCACGUAAUUGUCCCAGAAUUCAACGGUAUUUCCAACACAAUUGACACUUCCGUUUUAUUUUUUAACCACAGCAGAUCUCCAAAUAUUUCGUGUAUGGUCAGUUUUAACAAAUUAGAGACCAACUGGCCGCUUGUGGGCCGAAUUAUCAUGGGCGAUCAGAGAACGGCCGUGGAGGCGGUACAAACCACGUGCCAGGAAUUCAUGUAUAUGGAACUCAGAUACGAACAUUUACAAAAACCGACCCCUGAUGUAGAUUAUCUAGUGUUAAACAUUGAAUUAUUCGAUCCCCAAUUAAGUGACGAACUUAUUAAAGAAAGUUAUUAUUUACCUAUAUACAUCAAGAACGCCUUACUGAACUCUCCCCCGCGCUCUUCCUAUAUGAGCACGUAUAUGAACGAGGUGGACCAGUACAUCCUCACCACCAUCAUUCCCGGGGUCAUCUCCGCCGAGGAUUAUGAAACCCCCGACAACCUACUCGUGUAUAACAUCACCAAACCGCCGGACCCCGACCAGGGAUACUUUGUUCACCUUGAUGAUCCCGUCAUGGAAAUAACAUCCUUUAUACAAGAUGACCUAGACAACCAUAAGAUCGCCUAUCAGCCACCGAAUUCCACCGUCUCUGAACGGCGUAUUUACGAAGUUGAAUUUAAAGUGUUUGACAGCCAUUUCGCCGAAAGUAUGCCAAUAGUUCUACACAUCGCUGUUCGCCCAGCAACAACAGACGGUCCUCACGUGUCAAUAAACUCGGGGUUGGUGCUGCUGGAAGGCCAAUCCCGGGAGAUCAGCAAUAGCAAUUUCCAGAUAACCGACGGCAGGCCCGAGGACGUGCGAUUGUACGUGGUCGGCGGGCUGGAGCACGGACGGCUGCUGCGAGAUGACCGCCUGGCGCUCUACUUUACCAUCGCCGAUAUCAACAGCGACAGCCUGACGUACGUCCACGACGACAGCGAGUCGAAGACGGACAGGAUCGACCUUAAGAUAAGUGACGGUAAAAAUAACAUAAUGGCGAAGUUUCCUAUUAAAAUUAUUCCAAAAGACGACAGUCCACCAGUCGUAAUUCGAAACUUAGGAAUGGAAAUUAAUGAGGGGCAAACGCAGCGUUUCGACACGGCCAUGCUGCUGGCAACCGACGCUGAUUCUGUAGAUUCAAGCAUCGUUUACGUCAUUGUACAACCAACGGACGCCGGGGAAAUCAUUCGUAAAGCUAGGCAGGCGGACUCCGGUACUCGUAUUAACAGGUUUAGCCAGCGGGAACUGGUAAAAGGACAGAUCUAUUAUCGACAUUUCGGACGUGAAAACUUCCACGAUGAGUUCAGGUUCACAUUGCGUGAUCAGCAGGAUCCACCGAAUGAGUCGGGUACAGAGACUUUCUACAUCGCCAUCAACCCGGUGAACGAGAAUCCCCCGCAACUUUCGCCUGCCGCAACGAGACUGAUGCGGGUCUCCGAGACCGACAUAGCGCUCAUCACAAAAACCGAGCUAGAGUACACAGACACGGAAACCAACUCUGACAAACUGACAUACAUCAUAACAACACCUCCGUACUUUGUCUACAGAGGCCAAAGCUCUACGCGAAAUGACGCCGGUAGAAUUAUUGCAAUGCAUAACUUGACAAUGGUUAACAAGCAUGCUAGCAUUCCGUCUGUCGACACGUUCAAACAGGAGGACAUUAAUCACCUGAAGAUCGGUUACAUGCCUCCAAUGAAAGACAUCGGAUCGGAGCCGCGCCUCGUGCGCUUCAUGUACACGGUGCAGGACUCGAGCGGUAACAAGGUGCUCGGACAGCAGUUCGACAUUGACGUGCAGCCCGUCAACGACAAGCCACCCGUGUUCGUGACGUCACGGUUGCUCGUAGAGGAGGGUGGUAUCCUGGGGAUGUCAACGGACCACAUCUCGGCGGCUGACGCGGACACACACGAGGCGGACCUUACGUUCACGGUGGAGCAAGUUCCUGAUCACGGCCGGCUUCAGAAGGGUGGCGUGAACCUGGAGGCGGAGGCUACCUUCAACAUGCUCGACCUCCGAAGGAAAGAUCUAAGGUACAUCCACGACGGAUCUGAGGUGACGAGCGACACAUUCACGCUCUCCGUCUCCGACGUCGACAACCGCGUGUCGAAGGUAUUCAACAUCGAAGUCGUACCAGUGGAUGACGUCAUACCGCGUGUUCGGGAUAACCUGAAGCCGCAUUUGAUCGUGUCUGAGGGGAGCGAGGCGGUGAUUCUACCUACCGUCUUGGCAGCUACGGAUGGACACACGGAGGAGGCGGCCCUUGUCUUCCUUCUCGUCAAACAACCGAAGUACGGAAUCUUGCAGCUGCGGGGCGAGCCGGCUACACGUUUCACGCAGGCGGACGUUCAGCGUGGUGACGUCCAUUACAUCCACACAAGCGGUGAGAUCGGACCCGCCCCCGUUUGGGACUCUAUCACAUUCAUACUGUCCGACCUGUCAUUUAAGACGGGCGCCGAGCCCAUCCAGUACAGUCUCAACAUCACCAUCACGCCCGUGGACAACCAGACGCCAAUCAUCAUCGCCGGCCUUCCAAUUAACGUUGAAGAGGGACGUAAGUUCUACUUCUCGCCCGACUACAUCACGGUCAAGGACGCGGACACCGACCCCACUUCCGUCCAGUUCGUCAUCACCAAACAACCGCAGUGGGGCUACCUAGAGAACAUCCGCACAAAGCCUGGCUCAGAGAAAAGUAAAACUGGCAACCCUGUGACGUCAUUCAAACUUCAAGACAUCAUCGACAACAAAAUCGUCUACGUCCAGGCUUCACACAAAGGGAUGGAACCUACACGAGAUUUCUUUGAUUUCUAUGCCACAGAUGGAAAAUCUAACUCUUUGACACAAACAGCCAACAUAAGAAUUACACCUAUUAAUGACGAGGAGCCGGUUGUAAUGCUGAACGAUUUCCGGGUUGAGGAAGGCGGAAGUAAGGUGAUCGACAAGGAGAUGCUGGACGCUAUGGAUAUGGACAUGCCGCGUGAGGAGGUCCGCCUGUAUAUAUCACAGCCCCCGGAAUACGGGGACAUCGUCGUCCUCAGACGCACUCCUAACGGCGACGUGGAAGCCACUGUGACCGAGUUCACCGCCAAGGAGCUGCACAAUGGUAUGCAGCUCAAGUACAGGCACGACGAUUCAGAAAAUUUCAUGGACAAGUUCGCAAUCACUGCAUCCGAUGGUAAACACGAGGUGAAGAGAGUGUGUAAUAUCACGAUAUUACCCAGAAACGACGAGCGCCCGGAGCUAUUGAAGAAUUUGGGGAUACAGAUGGACUACGGCGAACUAGUAACGCUGUCCAGCUCUGUUCUGCAGGCCGUAGAUCUUGACAACUCCGACGACCAGGUGUACUACAUUGUCCUCACACUACCCAAGAAGGGCGUCCUCCAGACAUGCUCUAUUCCAAACGAGCCUAUGAUUUCAAGUAACUGCCGGGAUAUUUGGGUCGGACAAAAUUUCACGCAGGGGGAUAUUAAUCACAAUCUAGUACGGUAUUUGCAUACGGCAAGCAUUGGGACCUCCGACUACGACACUUUCCUGUUCGCUUUAUCAGAUGGAAUUAAUAAACGCCAAGUAGAAACAUUCCAAAUUAGAAUUAUGAAUUCCAAACGUGCAACAAUAACAUUGACUAAUGUUGAAAUGUCUUUGAGAGAAGGAGAGCGUGUUGCUAUAACAACAGACAAGCUAAGUGCUGAGGACGGAAGUUCAAGGCCGGGUGAGAUUGUGUUUGCGAUUAUCCGACCACCCCACUUAGGCCAGAUAGAAUAUUUGGACUCCCCGUUAAUACCUAUCAACAGUUUCACCCAGCAGGAUCUACUCUCAAACAAUGUGGUCUAUAAUCACUUGACAAAGGUCGACUUCACCGAAGACUCGUUCACGUUCACUGUAGCCAACGGACAUGGCGACAACAAGGACACUGAGUUCCGGUUCGCGAUUACUCCCGUUGACAUUGCUCUACCAUCGUUGGCGGUAAAAGAGCUGGUAGAAGUGUUGGAGGGCGAGGAAAUCCCCAUCACGGCCGCAAACCUGCGGGUGGACGACCCGGACACAGACAGCAGCAACGUUACCUUCCAUAUUGUUAAGCAGCCCACGUAUGGGCGUCUGUACAACAUCGGGGUCCACAUUACCGGUUUGUUCACGCAGAACGCCAUCGACCGCGGAAUGAUCACGUACGAGAGUGACGGCACUCACACCGGUCUCGAUAACUUCAUGUUCACUCUGAGUGAUGGCAAACACGAUGGCUUUCUGAUCAACGGGACUCUCCAGGACAAGCCAGUGAUCUGUAGCAUCUACAUUAAACCGCUCGUGAACGACGUUCCAAAGCUGGUCACCCUGGAGCAGCCCGACUCCCUGGAGCUGUUUGAGGACGGGCGGUACGGGUUUCGUGUCAACAACCACGUACUGAAGGCGGUCGACUCUGACACCAUGAAUACGAACCUGGUGUACAUUUUGGAGGCGCGGCCGAGGCAUGGCCACCUAGAGAACACACAGGCGAAGCGGUACGUGCGGGACCGGUUCACGCAGAGAGAUCUGGAUGAGGAUACACUGCAGUUCAUCAUCGACACAGCGGACCGGGAAACGAACGACAGCUUCACCUUCCGUAUCCAAGACGCUUGGGGAAACAAACUAGAGGACCAAAGGAUGGAGUUCCACUGGUCGUUCGUGGAACUGGAGCGAACGAGUCUGGUCGUCUGCGAGAACAUCGGUACACUUCCGGUGACACUCGUUAGGACUGGUGACGUCAGUUCACCUGCCUACGUGAGCAUCGAGGUGCAGGACCGCAGCACGCGCAGGAAUGAGGAUUAUCAUACCACCUCGUCCGGACAAGUCCAGUUCGAAUCAGGCGUUUCGAGUGUGUCUUGGGACGUGAGGGUGAUAGAAGACGGUAUCACGGAGGGAACAGAGAGCUUCGUCGUCUAUAUCCAAACACCCGUGAACGCCAUCCUCGGCAAGCGCACAAAGACACGUGUCCGCCUCAUCAAUGCAAACAACGGCGAGUGCCCGCAAUACCUGGGAAUGAUCAGCAAGCACCAGCUGGCCGUACCAGAUGAGCUAUACCUGCCCGGGAACGCGCGGGAACCAGAAACGGAAACCGUCCUCUCUCCGGGGUCGAGCUCGUCGAGACUCGGGAACCAGCGGCACCACCACGAGAACGCCCUCAUGGACCCGGCUGGCACCGCCGUCGUCGACCAAUACCCGGAAAAAGCUGGGAAUACAGUAUCAGACUUGACAAAUGAUGAACGUCGAGAACGUCGACGUAAAGAACGUAAGAGCAAGAAGGAGAGGAAGAAGCGACGUAAAAAGCGAAAGGGUGGCCGGAAAGGUGGCAAGAAGCCACGACCCACGGAGGCAGCUCCUGCACAGGAAGAAGAGAUGGCUCCCGAGCCACCCGUAGAUAUUAAUGCUCCACAGGAGUGCACGCUGACUACGGAGGGUCUGCUGUACUUCUCCCCGACCUCCCAACAGAUGUACAAGUGUAACGGAGCCGCGUGGAUCGCCUGGAGACAGGAUUCCAAGGAUCAGCAGCCGGAAACCAGGGAAUGCCAGCAGGGCUGGUCCAAGUAUGAGAGCCGAUGUUUUAAGUUCAUAAACGAGCGGCUGACGUGGGAGGUGGCGGAGAUGCUGUGCCAGAUGUCAUACGGCGCGCAUCUUGCAACCGUCCGCGGGGAUGAACACAUCGAAUGGCUCGGCGAGCUCGGCGGCAAGAAGGCUUACUGGAUAGGUCUGAAUGACGUCGACCAAACCGGCACGUGGCGGUACACUAACGGGGAAUCCCCGACCUACUUUAACUGGAAGGGCGGCGUACCACGAGUGAAGCGCGCAGUCCACAAGAAAAACUGCGUGAUCGUGGACAAGAAACGGAAGAUGAGAAACAAGCCGUGCGGUGGCCGGAAAGCGCGGCUCAUCUGUGAACUGGACAUCGGGGCGAAUGACCCCAGCAGGGCGCCGCCGAAGAGAGAUGUCUCCAGCGGCGGGCGAUCCAAAAACAGUAAAAAGAAAAGAAAUAGGUCUAAGGAAAGACAGAGUGACGCCAGAUAUUCAAAAAAAGAGAAAGGAUUCUUUUUUCAGAGAUAGAUAGUGCCGUAGAGGAAUUCUGGGAUGGGUUCCUUGCAUCAGAUGUUUGAUAAAACAAUGCCCGCUGGACUGUUAAAUGUGUAUGGAAAUUAAAACAGUGUGACAUAUUUAGCGGUGAAACGAUAGUUGAAAUAAUUAUGAAGGCUUGAUGAGAUGAGAUGUUGGAGUUUCUUUAAACAAAAUGGUGUCAUACACUGUGUGUAGCUGUGUGACUUUAUUAACUCGGAUGUUUUAAUCCGCAGCAAAGUGUGACACCAGUUGUGUUUGUUUUGUGCUGGCUUUUGUCAAGAAUGGCAGACAAAGAGUGUCUUGUAGACAGAGGUGACAAUUGGAAUCCAGAGAUUUGUUAUAAUUGUACAGCAGUGAUCUGAUUGACAGUUAUGGUGUAAAUAUACUUGUAACAGAAUAAAUAUUUUAAAAGGUGUUCAUAUCAUGUGGUCAAAUUGUAUGUGUGGACUUCAGUUUAAAGAAUAUGAAAUUAGAUUAAACAGUUUUAUUGUAUCUCCUGGCAUAAUAAUACUGGUCGCAAUAUUCCUUUAUUAAUUGUAAUUGAUCUUUAUUAUCUAAACGUCUUUUACAGAACGUUUUCAUAACUUGUUUGUCAACUUCAAAGUAGAACAAUUUGUACUCCAGUUUCUAUAAUGUGAUUUCGAAUGUGUUGUAUUGUAAAUGUUUAGAUAUCGUCUUAUAACUUGUAAAAAUAAAACUUUAUUUCGUCAA